UUGAGACAAAGGACAAAAAGCUCAGAAGAAUCCUGCAGUUGCUCUCAAACAACUGGAGGGACAAGAUAUAAGGCAACACAAGGCACAGAGAGAUUCAUCAGCAUCAACCAAAAAAUGGGGAGAACAAAUGAGGAAUGAGAGGAGCACCGAAGAAAACGAUUAUCCCGAACAACUGACGACAGCCUCGGGAAUGGAAAAAUCAAAAGUGUCGGUGAACCCCAGGGCGCUUUGUAGCGUUUGUAAACGCUUGUACCGGGACCCUAAAAUCCUUCCAUGCCUGCACAUCUUCUGCCUGAACUGCAUCAAAUAGUUGGAGCCAUUCUCGGUGGGAGCUCGCCCAGGGGACGUCGUGGGGGACGGAGGAGCGACGACGAAAGAGGAGGGGAACGGGAAAGGCGCACAUGCAAACAUCACUGUGCUCUGCCCGGCCUGUGACUCCGAGGGGGACUUUCCGCCUUCUGGGACGAGCGAGUUGAGUACCGACCACCAGGCGCUGAACGAAGUGUUUCUGGAGACCUUGGCAAGCGACGGCCUGCUCGAAUGUGACCUGUGUGGCGAAGGAGCCGCUGAGAACUGCUGCCAAGUCUGCUGUGUCAACUUGUGCCAGUUCUGUUUACAAGCGCACUUGAUGCUGUCGCGUACAGCGUCUCACCCCAUUCAGAGGUUGGAGGAUCUCAAGUCUCAGGGUGGCCUCUGCUGCCCCGUUCUGUGUGCCCUCCAUCCUGGCCAGGAGUUGCACCUCUUCUGCAAGCCCUGUGAUCUGCCAGUGUGCCUGGAAUGUGCCGCAUCGCUGCACUCUGAGCACCGCUGCUGCCCUGCCCACGAAGUCAUCGGCUGUCACAGAGACCGCAUCAGGACGCUAGUCAACGUACGACUGAGACCUCAUCUGCAAAGAUUGGAACAAACAUUGCAGAAGGUGGAGGUUUCCCAGGACGCUUUGCAGACAAGAGUGGAGGCUACAGCCAGUGAGGUCAGGAUAUUUGCCCGAGGCUACGCCAGUGCAGUGGAAGCUCACUGCUUGACCUUGCUGCAUCGCCUGGAGGAGCUUCAUCUCCAACGCAGGAACCAACUGCAUCUGCAGAGGGCGCAGCUGCAUCAAGCACUUUUAGAUAUCCGGGGAAGUGUGGAAUUUGCGGAGAGGCCACUGACCUGUGGUUCAGAUGCUGAGAUCCUUAGUGCAAAGAGUGUGACGUUGAGGAGGCUGAGCAGCCUGGUGGAGAGCAGCUGUGAUGACCAUUUGGCGGCGCUCAUCCCCGAUGAUGGCACUGGUAUUCGUUUUGAUCCUCAGGGGCCGGCAGGAGAGGUGAGCGCCUACCCAAUGGUGGACGUGAUCUAUUUUAUGGAUCUGGACCCCAGCAAGUGCACUAUAGAAGGAGAAGGUCUCCAGCAGGCCAAUGAGGGCCACCGGGCUGAUUUUACACUGGUUUGCCGAGAUUCCACCGGGGACCACAUGACACAUGGCGUGCUAGUUAGCAUUAUCCACAGAGAGAAGAAGAACUGUAUGGUGGAAAGCACAGUGGUGGACAACAAUGACGGUUCUUACAAAGUUUCUUACACACCUGACGAAGCCAGAAUGUACUCCGUGUGGGUUUGUGUCAAAGCUCAACACGUGAAGGGACAGCAUGAAUAUGGUUCUCCAUUUAUUUUGAUUGUGAAGAAAAAGCAGAGGGAUCACACUGGAAUGUUCCACUGCUGCUCCUUUUGCUCCAGCGGAGGAGCCAAGGAGGCUCGAUGUGGCUGUCCUGGAACUAUGCCAGGAGGCUUUCAAGGGUGUGGUCACAGCCACAAGGGCCAUCCCGGAAAGCCACAUUGGUCGUGUUGUGGCAGCACCACAGAGAAGUCUGAGUGUUUACCAGCCAGUGUGAUCAAAGUCGUCUCAGCAGGGAAACACUUACGCACCGUCAAGCUCUGAGGUUGAACAAAAUGGUCGAUGACAGGCCUGAGACAGGAAGUCUGAGCUGCCACACGAAAAGUCACACGGCUUGACCUUCAGCCAACUGCACUGACUUUGGGUGCGCUCAUCUGGCAGCGGAGUUUAGAGUUAUCGCGACUUCAGUUCUCAAGCAUAAUUGAAGGUGGCAUGUCUGUUGAUAAGAAUAUUCUCACCCAGAAGAAAAAAGAGCCCCACCAACAGCACACAGUUAUAUUUUUCACACGCAAAAAUAGCACCCUAAUCAAGGUGCUUCAGCAGAAAAAGGCACUGGAGCAGAGGAGCGCCUGCUGCCCAGAUGACCCCCUGUUUUAUUGAAAGGAUCGGUGCUGGUCGGUGCUCAGGAGACAAAGACGACACUCAACAAAAGACCAACGUUCCCAAAUGCUAUUUAGCCUCAAUAACUGGCAUAUGUAUUUCGACCAAAUGCAAGUUCUCAAAACACAGUUGACAUUGCGUGAAAUCAAUCAUAUGAGCCCCUUACCUAUGCCGAGAAGGUGGAGAGCCAAUCACCCAGGUAGAGGUCCGCUUGUCAACCAGCUGGGCGUCCGUACGAAACCCGCAGCAGACUCUACCUGUUUGUACUCUGCAUCUCUCUAUUAUACUUUUCAGUUGCGUGCGAGAGAAACGGCGGGUGGCCUACCCGUCCCACCUGGCGCCGCAACGUUUGUUUCCUGAUUUACUAUUGACACAUAAGUGUGUCCUUCAGGCUCUGAAAAACAUCUUACGCAGCCAUAACUGUCAAGACAUCCCACAACAAUGUUCGUCUUUGGUAUGCAUGCGAACAAGAUAGUGAAACGGUCCAGACGUCUUGACCAGAAAAACAAGUGAUACGAAAAACAAAAACCAGCUGGUGACACCUCCUCUCCGAGGCGUUGCCGUGGAGACGAACGACACCAGAUAAGAAGCGGAAAGUUACUAUCCCGGCCCAAGACCAGACUGGCGGGGGCAGACACUUUUACUAUGGACCCAUACAUAUAAAAACCUUGUGCUACCGGACAGCUUUUGUCUUCUUUGGGCUAUACUGCCAGAACACACACGUGUGCGGCAGAUACCAAGAUAAGACCCGGACGUCUGUAUUGCACAUUCCUUUGUAAUAUAUCCAUUUGCUGUUCACUCGUCUAAUCAUUGGUCAUCUCUUCCUUGAUCCAUGAACACGCGUUGGGUCCGACUCGCAAAUCCCUACACAGCGUAAAUAAACAUCUUGCUAGCAAUACUAAACUGUUCAACAAUGUGCUCCGGUGUUAGUUUGAUUUUGCUCUCAAAGCUCCUUUAACAUUUGAAGGAAGACACCUGCAGGAAGAAAACUGAUAAUUAAUAGUUGUGAAGCAGGCCAAAGUGCUCAUUAUUAUUUUUGUAAGCAUGUAAUCAACACGUGUUAUUCAUUGUUUUUCUCGCAAUUGUGUUACUUUUUAUUCUGUCUAUUAAGUUCUGUGCUGUAAAAGAAAUAUAAAUAAAAAGUC